AUGCCUCCCAUCUAUCUAUCUAUCUAUCUAUCUAUCUAUCUAUCUAUCUAUCUAUCUAUCUAUCUAUAUCAGGCAACAAAAGAGCACGAUCUACGUCACAACAAUCCGAACAUAACUACAGAAGAGGCUGAUGAACGAUUCCUUGAGGAUACAAAGGGAACAGGAUUUGUCGGCGGUCUCGCAAGAGCGGCUAUCAGAGCUAAAAUGGCGCUUGGACUGGACGAUUACUUCAGAGGUGAUAUCUACAACGACGAGCUCGGCGCUGUUGAUAGUAUUGAUUCUAUACACGCGAUACAAAAUAUGGAAACUGAUGAGAGAGUGGACAGAACGCUCCAGGGGGAGAAGAGGGAAACGGAUGCACUGCAACAGGGAACGCAAAAGUACUGCCGGGUCCGAGCAGUCAAGAUAAAACAAUGGAAUCACAAUUAUCUAUCUAUCUAUCUAUCUAUCUAUCUAUCUAUCUAUCUAUCUAAAUUAUCAAUUCCAAGAUCUGAAAGCCACUCUUGUAGACAACAUGGGACUCCAUUAUUUAUUAAACGGAGCUUAUAUGCGGCACAAGAUCCCAACGUACGGAGCUCUCAGCUGCAAUCUAUUUCAUCACGGGCAACGCCGGGUACUUCUGCUCGUAUAUUAAUAUCUCGCUACGUUUCUUUCUUUCUUUCUUUCUUUCUUUCUUUCUUUUUCUUUCUUUCUUUCUUUUUCUUUCCUUCCUUCCUUCCUUCCUUCCAUUCUAUACGUUAA